AUGGCAAAGAAAGACAAAAAAGUAAAAAAGAAAGCUCAGGACGAUGACUGGAAAGAAGAACCCGUCGAAAACAGUGCAUCGCCUGCGAAUCCUGAACAUAAUAGUCAAAGCGCUCCUCCCCCUUCUACUAUAACCCCAAAAUACGACGGUUCGCAGGAAAUUCCUCCAGUCAUAGAGGAUGACGAGUUCGGUGGCCUCAUGGCACAAAUAUCUAAAAAUGAUCAAGAAAACAAUAUUGUAGCUGACAACACAGAUACAACUACUGUAGUUGCUACUAAGUCUGAACCUCAAAUAAUACAACCUGACGACUUGGCAGACGAGUUCGCGAAGAAAAAUUUGGCAGGAUCUAAACCUCAAGAAGUCACAAAAGAAGAUCAAGAGGAUAAGGAAGAAAAGAAACCUAAAAAGAAGGCUCCUAAUAUUGCCGCAAUGAGAGCUGUCAUUGAAGCUCAAAGGGCAGCUGAAGAGGAAGCGCGUCGACAAGAGGAAGAAGAGAAAAAACGUAUUGAAGCCCAAAAAACAAAACAACAACAAGCUCAAUUACGCAUGCAACAAAUGAUCGAUGCCGGUCUCAAAGUAGAAGGAUUAGCAGAAAAAGUGGACAACAAACCCAAAAAGAUUGUUUAUAAUAAUAAAAAGAAAAAAGGGCCUAUUACUACAAAACAGGUUGAGGACGAACAAAAGAAAGAAGAGGAAAAGCAUGAUGUAGUUGAGGCGUCUGAGAAACACGAGGAACCGACAAAAGCUUCAAAAGAAAGAGAAAGUUGGGAAAAUGAAGAAGCUUCAGAAGAGGAGGAAAUAGGAAAUAAAAUACCAAUAAAAGCAACAGAGAGUACAGUAAAAGAGAGUUGGGAAGAAUCAGAAGACGAAACGAAGGCAAAUGGGUCCGAAGAAGAUACGAAGACUGUGAAAACUAAUGGGUCUACAGCAUCAUCAAUCACUGAACUACCUGUAAAAUCACCAUCCGCUACAAAAACCACACCUAAAAAAGCCGAAAAUCUCAAUACCAAAAGGACUACUCCUACCACUACGAAACCAACACCUGUGAAACAAGAAACACAGAAGGUUGAAAAUGAGAGUGAAUCAGAAGAAUCAGAUUCAGACGAGGAUAGCGGAGAUGAAUCGGAAGAUAGUGAAGAUUUGACAGAGAUGCAAAAACAGGCAUUGAAACGUAAACAAGAAGCUGCUGAACGACGAAAGAAACGUCAUGAAGAGGCUCUUGCUGCUCGUUCUAAAGAUAAUCUCCGAUCCCCCAUUUGCUGUAUUCUAGGGCAUGUCGAUACAGGCAAAACUAAAUUAUUGGAUAAAAUCCGACAGACUAAUGUGCAAGAGGGUGAAGCUGGUGGUAUUACCCAACAAAUUGGUGCUACAUAUUUUCCAAUGGAAACAAUAAAAAUAAAAACUGCACCUUUGAAUAAAGACGGGACGCAAGAAUACAAGCUCCCCGGUCUUUUGGUAAUUGAUACUCCUGGACAUGAGUCCUUUACAAAUUUACGUUCUCGAGGGUCAUCACUUUGUAAUAUAGCCAUUCUUGUGGUAGAUAUUAUGCAUGGUCUCGAGCCUCAAACUCUAGAAUCUAUAAGAUUACUACGUGAUCGUAAAGCACCGUUUAUUGUCGCGCUUAAUAAGCAAUCAACAAGCGUGAAACGCGAAUUUGAAACUCGUGUUACAGAAACGAUAACAGCUUUUGCAGAACAGGGUCUUAAUGCAUGCUUGUACUAUGAGAACAAGAACUUUGCAAAAUAUGUUUCUCUUGUUCCGACAUCUGCCAUCACUGGCGAAGGUAUUCCUGAUAUGCUUAUGUUGCUAGUGAACUUGACGCAAGCAAGAAUGAGUAACCAGUUGAUGUAUUUAUCGGAACUGGAGUGUACUGUUUUGGAGGUUAAAGUGAUUGAAGGUCAUGGCACCACAAUCGAUGUUAUACUAUCUAAUGGUGUCUUAAACGAGGGGGAUCGAAUUGUCUUGUGUGGUUUGAACGGACCAAUUUCCACCACAAUUCGUGCGUUACUCACUCCACAACCAUUACGAGAACUACGUGUCAAAUCUGCAUAUGUGCAUCAUAAGACAGUCAAAGCUGCUCUUGGUGUAAAAAUUUCGGCUCAAGAUCUUGAGAAAGCAAUUGCAGGCUCUCGUCUGAUGGUAGUUGGUCCUGAUGAUGACGAAGACGAUAUCAAAGAUGAAGUAAUGUCCGAUUUAAAAAGCUUAUUCAGCGCCAUUGAUAAAUCGGGAAAAGGUGUAUGCGUACAAGCAUCAACUCUAGGUUCAUUAGAAGCCCUGUUGGAGUUCUUGAAAACUUCAAAAAUUCCGGUUUCAGGUAUCAAUAUUGGACCUGUGCACAAAAAGGAUAUAAUGCGUGCAGCUACAAUGUUGGAGAGAGCUAAAGAGUUGGCUGUUAUUUUGUGUUUUGAUGUAAAAGUCGAUAAAGAAGCACAAGAAUUAGCUGAGGAAAUGGGUAUAAAGAUAUUCCAAGCUGAUAUUAUAUAUCACUUGUUUGAUCAGUUUACUGCCUAUAAUAAGGACAUGAUGGAGCAAAAACGAAAAGAUCAAGCGCCUCAAGCCAUUUUCCCAUGUGUUCUCAAAAUUAUACCUGGUGCUAUAUUCAAUAAGCGAGAUCCUAUUAUAAUAGGGGUAGAUGUGGUUGAUGGGGUUUUGAGAACAGGAACUCCCAUUUGUGUUGUGAAAACUGAUCCAACUACCAAUGCACGAGAAACAAUUGGACUUGGCAGAGUGGUUAGCAUAGAGCAAAACCAUAAAGCGAUCGAAUCAGUAAAGAAAGGUCAGGCUGGUGGCGGGGUGGCUAUAAAGAUAGAAUGCCCGGUUUAUGAGAGUCCAAAGAUGUUUGGACGACAUUUUGUUGAGACUGAUGAACUUUAUAGCAAGAUAUCGCGACAAUCAAUCGAUGUCUGUAAAGAAAGCUUCCGAAAUGAUUUAUCAAAAGAAGAGUGGCAUCUGAUGGCAAAGUUGAAAAACUUGCUUGGAAUCGAAUAA